CACAUUCGGAUCGGUCGGUCGGGCAUCCGUCGAUAGAAUUGCACAUAUUUUUAUUUUUAUAGUUUAGAAAAAAGGAUCAAUCUUAAUUUCUAUUCAACAAACACCAAUUAUUAAAACAAAUUCACUUUAUAGUGAUAUAAACUUGGUGCAGUUUAUCGACAAUUUUCUUUGUUUCGUUAAUUCACCGAUGUGUAUUCAUCGGACUGUGAUGAAAUGUCAAAAAUUUUCGUGGAUUAGUGCCAAUGGUCAUGAAAUUUUUCUGCCGUGAAAAUUUUGUGAUGAAAGUGCAUUUGUGAACUAUUGACAUCAUAGAAUUUUGAACAGUUUGUGUGGUGUGCGCUUUUCAGCGGUAUUCGUGUGUGACAGUUGCAUGAUUUAACACAUUUCGAGAAAGUGAAGGGUGUUGGCGAUUGGUGAUCAACGGACAUGAGCUCCCCGCCCCCCGUCCAGUUGGAGGUGGAGGUUGGUGAUGAGUCUAUGGAGGACGACGCUGCUGACAUGAUUCCGGCAGAUAGGUUCACAUUGCCCGGGCGAGCUGACGCCGUGGUGGAGCUAUGGAGGUCCAAGAUGGAAGAAGGUGUGCUGGCACCAGCACACUUCCUCGACCACUGGAGGGUCACAGUGCCGAGGAUAUACUCCCCACAACCUAAUAGGACUUGUUUAGAUUGGUCAUUUGACGAAGACUUAGCAGCCAAACUGCUGAUCCAGCCGCUAGAACAGUUCGUGUGGGGCAACAGCGAUGGGUCACAGCCGCCACUGCCGCGCCGCUCCACGCUCUGCGGCCGCGUGUUCAAGCAGGGAGACCCUGCUUACAGCUGCAGGGAGUGUGGAAUGGACAACACAUGCGUCCUUUGUGUGGAAUGCUUCAAAGUAUCAGCACAUCGGCAUCAUAAGUACAAGAUGGGGCAGUCGAGCGGCGGCGGCUGCUGCGACUGCGGCGACACCGAGGCCUGGAAGAGAGAUCCCUUCUGCGAGCUGCAUGCUGCGUCAGAAGACGACAACCAAUCAGAGGCCACAAUCAAGCCCGACGUGAUAGAGCGAAUGAAGAUCGUCGCGUCUGUUUGUCUGACCUACUGUCUCAGGCUACUGACCCACGACCAUGCUCCGGGCUUGCCUAAUGAUUUAAGUACGUUAACUCCGUGCAGGCUGAAGGAUGCGGAGCGCGAUCUGCUGCAAAUCCUCGACCAGCCAGACUGCUACUGCACCGUGCUGUAUAACGACGAGACGCAUACCUUCGAUCAGGUCAUAACAACUCUAGUAAGAGUAACAAAAUGCAACCAGCGAGAUUCUUUAGAACUCGUGAGUUUGAUAGACCGCGAGGGUCGAGCGCUGGUCAAGUGCAACUCUUUCCAAGUUUGUGAUAAACUCAAAACUGACAUCGAGAUCUGUACGGCGAUGUUCGAAAGGUUCACGUCGCGCCACGGGCCGAGCCUCAAGGUGCUGGUCAUGCACGCGCACGUCAUCGCCCACCAGACCUUCGCCAUGAAGCUGCUGCAUUGGCUACAAAACUUCGUGAGUCAAGAACCGAGUCUCCGCCUAGCAACCAGCCAAGUAGCCCUAGGUGAAGAAGUGUGGGGAGCCGGGGCUUCCGUGGGCGGGGGCGGCGGCGUCGCCUGCGGGGUCAUGCAGAACGACUCGCGCAUGUGGAAGGCGGCUAGAACCGCGUGGCAUCGACUGCUGAUUGCUACUACGCUGAUGGAUUAUACUACGAAGAGAACUAUGGCUAUUCUGUUUACUAAGAAUUAUGGUUCAAUCCUCAAGGACUUCAUCCGAGACGACCAUGACCACUCGUUCUCAAUCUCAUCGCUAUCGGUGCAGCUGUACACGACGCCAACGCUCGCGCACCACCUCAUAGCUAAACACGACGCUCUGUUCGUCGUCAUGAACACUUUCGUCAGCGAGUGUAACCGGCGCUGCAGUAAUGGUCGUCUAGAAUUCGACCGGUCCCACGUACCGAUGGCGUUCAAACGCGCCCAGUUCAUAUUAUACGACGUGAAGUAUCUACUCAGCUCAGUGCCAGCUACCUUCGACGAUGAUCUGCGCAAAGGGUUCAUGCACGGCAUCUCGCUGAUGCUGAACCUGUUAGUCAUGAUGCAGGGGAUGGACUCCGUUGUGAGACAGGUUGGGCAACACAUGGAAUACGAGCCCGAAUGGGAGUCGGCAUUCAACCUGCACGUGAAGUUAGCUCACAGCAUCACGCUGUCGCUGGAGUGGUGCGCGGCAGAGAAGGCGCUGGCCACCGCCGUGUACCGCAUGGCGCUGCGGAAGCAUAGCGAGACUUAUACACCGCCGCCUAAGGUUGUACGGGAACUAGGCAACCAAAGCGGCUCCGUCAUCCCAUACGACGUGUCCGUAGAACCGGUUUCCAUCCACCGUCCCCUGUCCCGGUACAUCGCCGGGCUGCACCUGCUGCUGCACAAGCACGGGCUGUCGUACCACAGCCGCGAGUUCGACAGGCACGACCGACCCAAGCCCACGCCGGCUGAGCUUAUUGAACCGGUUCUACAAACAAUGGCCAUGAUAGGUCAAGUCCACGCUGGCAUGUGGCGCCGCAACGGCUUCGCGCUGAUCAACCAGCUGUACUUCUAUCAGAACGUCAAGUGUCGAGCCGAGAUGCUGGACAGAGAUGUCGUUAUGUUGCAGAUCGGCGCCUCUCUAAUCGAGAGCAACGAGUUCAUUAUCCACGUGCUGAACAAGUUCAACCUACUAGAAUGGGCGGCUCCCGACUUCGAACAGCGCAGCAUUGAAGACGAUACGCUCAGGCAUACUAUUAGCAUGCUUGAGGAGUUCCUGGGACUGCUGAUUACUAUCUACGGUUCCCGUUACGUUCCCGGAGUAGGCGAGGUGACCAAUGAGGAUCGUACGAUGAAGGAGAUCAUACAGAUGUUGUGUGUCAAACCUAUGCCGCACUCUGAAUUAAACAGGUCAUUACCCGAAGACCAGCUCCACGAAACUGGCUUGGAAGCUGUCAUACACGAAGUCGCUGACUUCAUAAAACCCUCAGGAGGAAACAACAGAGGCGUUUAUAAGCUCAAACCGCACUUGUAUGAUGAAUACGACACGUUCUUCUACCAUUAUACCAGGGAGGAACUGUCUAGGAGUGAGGAGGAACAGAGAACUAGGAGGAAGGCUGCUGGUCUACCAGAAUGCUGUCCACCUCCUCCCCUACCGAAGCUAUCACCCCCAUUCCGCUUGCUAGCCAACCUACUGCAGAGCGAUUCAGUACACCAUGUCCUGAAGACUGUUCUAGAACGAGCACUGGACCUUAGAGCUAGGUCCUUCUCGGAGACCCAAGUGCAUAAGGCACUCCACCUAAUGGGCUACGCACUUCGAGACGAGGAGAGCGGUCACUACGAGUUCCUGCAGUUCGCCGAGAGCGCAGCCAGGGCUGGCCUGCUGCAGCUACUGCAGAAGCUCGUCACCUCGCCCAGGGUCGAUGCUCAUCGACAACUGGCGAGAUGGGUGCUUAAUAAGAUGAAGACACUAUUAGGCCAAAAUGACGAGAAUGUCGGAGAUGGAGAUAACAUGGAGACCGACCAAGAAGAGAAACCUGCGUCUGAUGAAGCCGCCGAAGCGGAGAAAGCCCGUCGCGCGAAGUUAGCCGCGGAACGUCGCGCCAAAGUGAUGGCGCAGAUGAAAACGCAGAUGAACAACUUCAUAUCGAACAACGCCACGCUGUUCGAGGAGACCACUACUGAGGUAACGGCAGAGGAGCAAGAGCUCCGACCUCUAUACUGUGGCGCAGCUCUCGGCGUGUGGGGCGGCGGAGUGCCCGAACCGCCGCGUGUCUGCAUCAUGUGUCAGGAAGAGGCUCGUGUAGAAUUACGAACGGAACCUCUAGUCCUGGUCGCGUUUGUCCAACAAUCGAGCGUCCUCUCCCGCCUUCGCCGGGGAGGUCAGGCGCGUCUGCCGGCGGGCUGGCGGGCGGGCUGGCUGCCGGCGGGGCUGGGGCUGCAGCCGCACGUGUCCUCGUGCGGACACGCGCUGCACGCCGCCUGCUGGCGCAACUACGUCGACAACGUGCAGGACAAGGAGAACAGGAGACCCUACCGCGGCAGACAGCCAGCAGCCUUCGACGUCGAGAAGAAAGAAUACCUCUGUCCCCUCUGCGAGCGUCUCUGCAACACCGCCCUCCCCCUCCUCCCCGCUCCCACCAUGCCUCUCGGCACCCCUCCCCCCCUCACAGAAGAAAGCUACAACGAAUCCGUCAACCUGAUCCUCAAGCUCAAACACCAGGUCAGCUCCGAAGCUCUGCACAUUUGCACCGAGUUCUGCGAAGAGAUGCACUGUCAGGCUCGGGCCAGGAGUGUGGGAGCCAUGUCUUCGGACAUGGAAGACGAGACCGCUGAUGAGACGGAGGUCUACGUGUCUACUCACUCGGAGAAUCUCUUGAAGCCGGAGUUUUUGGUGCACUUUGAAGGCGAUAUACCGCCGUAUAAUGACAUGACUAAGGCUUUGAUUGAGGAUUUUGCUAAUAUACUUCCAAUCUCAGAAUACGGAGGCAUGGUAUCAAGUGCCGCCCUCUACCGGUCAACUUCCUACACAAUUUUCAGCACCAACGCAGUCUUACAAGCCGAAAACCGGCCGCUACUAGGCGACCUACCCGCCAGACAUAGGGACACACUCCAAGCCUUAAUCCGGCUAGCCGCUUCCUUACCGGCCGUCUGGUCUUCCCCCAAACACCUAUCACACCAUGCUUUAAGUACUUUAACCACUUUAGAAAGCACAUCUCCCUUAACUCAUGAACCUUUUGGUACUUUGGUUCCCCUAGUCCUGACAGCCCCGUCUCUCUUCUGCAAAGUUGCCAGCCCAGCCAGGCCUACCAACCUAGCUAAACAAAUCACCCUCCAAUGUUUCCGAGCGACCCUAGCUAGAGCACUACUUGUGACGGACGUGACGUCAUGCAAGAGCGAGCCAAUGGAAGGCCAGGAAGACUUCAAAAACCCGGAUCUAGAAAAUUUACUUCCAUUUAUGAAGGAGUUGAGAAAAGGUGUUCUAGAAGACGAUUUGAAUCCUGUAGAAGUUUGGCAGAAUAUAAAGUCACAAUGUCAUACGUUCUUGCGUUGUUGUUGCUUGUUCUAUCACUUCUUAAGUGACAUAAGCGCCCCUUCAGAACUAACGGUUGUCGGAGGAGACACUUGGGAAAGCAUGUGCGGGUAUCUAGACAUGCCGACGACUUUCAAAGACUUAGUAGACACCCCUACAGCUAAAAAGAAGAUUACUGAAUGGGUUAACUUAUCUACGGAAUGGUUUAGCGGAGAUAUAGCACCUCAUAUAGUUACUGAGCCCAAAGAGCCGCCAUCUUUAAUACCUUUGCCUGAAGAUUUUUCGGAGCUUAUGAAUCUAGUUUCGGAGUUCUCGUGUCCGAAUUCGGAGAGGGAAGACAGUAAGAAGCCGACUAUGUGUCUGGUUUGUGGUCAGAUAUUGUGCUCUCAGAGUUACUGCUGUCAAGCUGAUAUACCAAAGGUGGGUCGCGGGUCGGAGGUGCAGCGCGUGGGCGCGGUGGUGGCGCACUGCGUGUCGUGCGGCGGCGGCGCCGGCGUGUUCCUGCGCGUGCGGGACUGCGAGCUGCUGCUGCUGGCGGCGCCCGCCCGCGGCGCCAAGCUGCCGGCGCCCUACCUCGACUCCUACGGCGAGACCGACCAGGGUCUCCGCCGCGGCAACCCCCUGCACCUGUGUCCGUCCCGCUACGCGACGCUGCGCACGCUGUGGCUGUCGCACGGACUGCACGAGCGCAUCGCCCGCGCACUCGACACCAACGUGCUCGUCACCACCACGUGGCAGAACUUGUGAUAGCCUUCUCCUGUCUCUAGUACUUCACAUCUUAAUGCUGGUUAACAAGUGUCCCAGUCAGGUAAAUACAGCUGGUAAUCCAUGGAGAAUAAUGACGAGCGGAGAUGUCAUAACGCAAAAUCUCCUAAGAAAAUAUCGCGCCAAUAUAAGAGUGUUCGGCGGACAAGGAACCCAUUAUUUUUGAAAUCAAAUCGCCAAACAAUCAACACCAAAGUUUUAUAGAUUUCCGAAGGAAUCCGAAAGCCUCGUUAGUUCCAGUAACCGAUCGUUUUGGUCACGCGUAAAGUACGUUACUUGACCUACAAGAUGGCGUUUGAACUUAGCAUUAUGGCAUCUCCGCUCGUCAUCUUCCUCCGUGAUCCCAGCAACCAGGUUACUCGUACCUAGGUGUUUCUUAUUAUACUGGAUAACAGCCUAUACUUUACACUUGCCGGUUUCAUGGUCACAUGUUUCAUAUAAUACAGGUGAAAUAUAUUUCUGUCAUAUUGAAAGUACGCAAAUAACGUCCAAUUUCCCCAACAACGUGAACAUCAGUUUUUUUAAAAGAACAGUUUGGUAUGAAUUGUUAAAAAAAAAACUAUUCUUUAUAAUGUCAGUGAACUUGGACUUAAGGCGUGGUGCAGACGCCAUUUUUUCAGUGGUGAAGUUAAUUCUGAUUCGCUUCUGUCGUCUGUGACAUAGUAUAGCUGUUGUAGGGUAUCGAACCUUAAAUGUAAAAGCCGACAUACCCGACUUGCCACAGAUUCAGUCGUUAUUAGGAAAGUCGUGACAUUUCUGCAAUUUUGAUUCUAAUAAAUGUUGAAUUCAUGAAUAAAUCGCUGAUAAAAUACAAAAUUUAUUCGAAUCAGAAUUGAUAUUUAGUCUCUACCAAGUUAUUUUGCUUAGGGCAAGUUAGCUUCAAAGGUCUCAAAUUUCCCAAUUUUUGGCAAUAAUUGCCGGUGUUAAAGUGUUAUAAAAUAGUGUUAAUUUUGGCACAAAGACAGUCCAGUUGUAAUCACUGUGAUUUUCUUUUAAAUAUGUGUUUUUAAUUCUAACCAAUGAUGUUUCGAUAAUAGAUCUAAUCUUAGAAUUAUAUUUAGUUGUGCACCCCUUUAUUCAUAAGUUUUUAGGUAGUCGAUUUACUGGCAGAAAAAUCUUCAAAAAUUAUAUACUUUUGAUGAUUAUGGCACACCAUUUCUUAAAUGCAAAUUAUGCAAUUGACAGCUGUCAGUUUUUAAUGGAUAAUACCUACGGUUGUUUGUAUUGACUAACUGUUAUUGUCAACUGCACCAAAAAACGAUCAGACUAUACGAUAUUGUUAUGAAUAAAGGGGUUUUCAGAAUAUCUGUCGUCACCAAAAACGGCGUAACUACCCUCAUUCAAGAUGUAGUUACGCCUUUUUUACAAUAGGCGUUAAAAAUGUAAAUGUGAUUCUUUUUAUAAAUCAGGUAUCCCGAUCCAUAGAUUAAACGUUAUAGUUUUAUAUUUAACGUUAAUUUUGCACAUUUAGCUGUAAAUUAUGUUUUUGUUCAAUUUGCUUAUGUCAUUCUCAUUGUGAUUAUAGUACUCGAUAGAAAAAUAUAUUCCCAAAAGUAGAGGUCGAUAGUCAUUCGUUUAAAAACCUAUGAAUUUUGUUUGUGUUUUUAAAGAUUGCACUAAAGUAAUCGAGUACUUUUAUAUUUAGUGCCAUCUUAUAAAUAUUCCAGACAUUAUUAGUUUUGGAUUUAAACUUGCUAAAUAAGAUCUAUAUUGUUAUAAUUUCCAGUAUAAGUAAAGGCGAAUUUAUAUUUGCCCGAUGUGUAUCAAUUUCAUACAUUUAGGGUCAAUCCCCACUGAAAGAGCAGAGGCCGGCAGCGGCCGUAAAUGCAAGUGAUUGAGCGCGAGCGCGGCGGGCCGCGCUCUUACAUUGUCUGUGCUCUUACGGCCGCUGCCGGCCGCUGCUCUUUCAGUGGGAAUUGACCCUUAGUGUCGCCAUCCCAACACAAUACGCAUUACUAGUAUGAACGUUACUAAACUAAAUGUAUGAAACACAUCAGACAAAUAUAUGUAAAUGUAUGAAACACAUCAGACAAAUGUAUGUAAAUCCGCCUUAACAAAUAUACGUAAAUCCGCCUUAACAAAGGUGAAUUUUUACGUACAUGUGAAUUAUCCUUUAAUUCACAACAACAUAAUUCCCAUUAGAUACUUAAAGCACCAUAGAUUGACUUUUACCUUUCCAACCCAUAUGUUAAAUACAUUAACACAUCCAACUGUAUGCCACUAUUAAAUACUAAAUAUUAUAAACAUUAUCAUAAUUUAGUUCCUAACUUAACUACAUUUUAAGAGCCUGUCCCGCCACUUUCGGAUAAGUACCCAUUAUAGUUCCAGCAGCCAAAUAUGUUUAUGUACUUCAGAUUUCAAUAAACAAGCUAUCCAUCUAAAUUAUGUCAAUUCAAUCUGACCGAUUUAUCGCAAAAUAGUGGAUAGUUCGGUUAUUAAAAUCCACAGGUUUCAAUUAGAUUGGGGAUAACCAAAAGUGGCAGAAACAAGCCUUGAAUCUUAGUGCAAUCAUUUAUGACGUGUUUCGCGUGUUUCUACAUAAUUUAGCUAGGUUUAUACAAAUUUUAAUGUUUUAGUUUUCUAUUUUAUGGCUAGUGUAAAAUGAUUCUUAACACGACUCAUACUACUGUUUGUUUAAGCACAUAGAUAUGUUCAAUGAUGUCUUGUAAUUCAUACACCAGGUGUGCAGAAAUGUAGUAAUGUUCUGCGCAAUCAUUUCUUAGGCUAUAUUAUAACAAAGAAUUAUCUAUAAAAGAUCUAACGUACAAGAUUAUGGAAUUUUGAGAUUAAUGAUGGAUGUACUAGCUACUAUUAUAAUUUGCUAGAUAUUUUCCACUCUUUCUGGUUAAAGAAAGUCGUGAUUUAAAAAAUCGACUUAACUCGAAACUGUCGGGAUGAAAACUAGUAAUUUAGUAGUGUUAAAGUAACCUUGAUUUGAGUCAGAACGCUUUGCCGUGUUUGUAUAUAUUUUUGUGAUAUAUUAAAUCUAUAUGUUUAGUUCCCAGCCCGUAGGACAGCUUUCAAGGAAAGAUUUGCGAUGAUAGGAAUAAUGGCUAGAUGUCUGUGUGACGGUCACUCUGCCUAUGGGCGGAUAAUGGAAGUUUUCACAUACUAAUAAUAAAUAUCGACGCGCAAUAUUCAUUAAUUAGUGGGUGUAAUGUGUGUUGAUUUGUAAUCACGUCUCUUAAAUAUAAAACAUUUUACCAUAAAAUAUUUGGAAAAUGUGUAGCUAGAUAAUAAAUCUAUUAUAUCUAAUUCUUCAAAGCUUUCGGCUUUUAAUUAAGAGAUAUUUGUAAUCGCAUAAAAUAAUGUUACAAAUCAAGACACUGCAUAUUUGUUGCCAAAUAGAAAAUACUCGAAUUUUUAUUAUACUAUUUGCCAAAGACUUUAUAUAAUAAAAAUGAUUUAGUUUAUUCUUAAUUGUUUUAGAUUGUAAAUUUUAUUGACAUUACAAGGAAAUUAAUUUAUCAUAAAUAUUACGUAUUAUUUCAAUAUUUUUACAAUUUAGUGCAAUUAAUGAAACUGGUAAUACGUUUUGGCAAUAAAUAUGCUUAUUUUUUAGAUGUUAAAUCCCAAAUAUAUGUCCCCGGUAUAUUUUGUGUGUUUGUUAUGUGGCAACACCGAUCGUAAUACAUUAUUUAUAUAGUAUUACAGUAUGUGGCAGCUAGUUCCCGAUGUAUGGAACUUGUAUGGUUGUAACUUACGGCGAACGCUGUCUAUGUUCUCUUAUUAAAUAAAUUAAUAUAAUUGAAAUGAAAUUA